UGCUACAGGGACAUCGGAUAGUCAAAUCGAUUGUUAAGUCCGAUUGAAUCGAUCACGAAGCCACUCGUUCCGAGCAGAGACACCACAGAGACCCGAGAAGUCGAGAGAAUAGACAAGAUAGAAAGGGCAUUGAAGGCGAUCUCAGAAGAGAGAAGACUCUUCUUACUUUUGCCGCUGUUGGUUGCUGGUGGUGAAGACCAAAUCAUUCAGUCAAAUUCCAGGCACCUCUGCGACGAAGUGAGCACAACAAGCCUUGGCCAUUUCUGUGUUGUUUUCUUCGACUUGAACUGAAGUGUAUCUCUCUCGAAUUGGAUUUGAAUUACUGUUGUCAGUGAGUGAGUGUGUUGUUUGUAUGUGCGCAAGCCCCCAGUGCUUGUGUGUGUUGAUCCAAAACCGAGUAGCGUGCAAUCCAAUCUCGAAUCAAGCCAACGAUCGAUCGUCGAAGCGUCGAGUUCACGGUGUCACGAGCGUGGAAAAUGAACAAGAGCCUUCCAGCAGUGAUGUGGUGACCAUGGCCUUGCAAAUGUCGCCUGUUGAUGCUCAUUCUGAAAAUCAGCCUCCGUGUUAUUAUCAGCCUGCAGUGCUGCUGCCUGAAGCUGCUGCUGGAACGAGCAGUCAAGUUGAGCCCUUUCAGUGCCAACUUUUGGAGUGCUCCUCUGCUGAACAAGUGCCUCUUCCCACCGAACAGAAACCUGUGCCACCAAAUUUAAGGAAAUUCGAACAAAGGGUGACUGCUGUACGUAAGGAAGGUGCUGUAGGAGUAAUGGAUGCCCCACUGCUCGCAGAGAGUGCUGAAGUGAGGCGUGGUCCAGAGGUUGAGGAUUUGAGAGGAGGAGCUGCUUCUGAAAUCCUCACCCUGCUGGAAGUUUCCCAAUCAUCUGUGAUAGACAGCUCCAAUGCCGGCUCGCCCUCCGGGGAGGGAUCGGCGCACCCAGGCACGCACGAAUCCCCCAGCAACCCAACAUCUCCCUGUCUGCUCGAUGAGGUCGAGAUAGGAUCAGCGUCCGCCAGUUCUUCCUCCAGCAAUAGUCUCAACGAUGCACAAAAGGAUUCGGGCGAGAGGCAAAGCGGGUUGGCUCGGCGACCGUGGAGCUUUAAUCAAUCGACUACGACAUUCUCAGGAGAGACGAAUCCUCCAAGUGCAACUUACGCCGCCGAUUCUGCUGUGUGCCCCUCGUCGACCUCUGCUCACUCCACCCCCGUCGCUUCUGCUUCUGCCGUCUCUGAUGAAGACUAUUGUGAUAGCAAGGAACCACUGAUCAUCAAGGGCAGUCGCACUAGUAGUACCUCGGUGACGUUUCUCCAAUAUCCCCCGAUCGGACCGGCUUCCAACCGGCAUUGGGGCAUUCCUCAAGGAGCGGGCUUGCGUGGAGGUGCUGGCGAGACCUCCUUGAACAAUGGAGCGGGCAGCUGGGGUCAUCCGCCCGCCACCGGUGGAUGGGGAGGCGGCGGAACCAACAACGCGGCGAACCAAGUCCAAGGCCAGUGGGGCGCAGCCUCCUCCGCGGCCAACCAACGGAGCUCCGCAGCUAGUCAGGGACCAUCUGGAGCGCCGCCUCCUGGAUCCUCGGGACCGCAACAAGUUUCCAAUCAGCAGCAGCUACCGACCGGUGCCCAACAACAGCAGCAACCCCAAGGAGCCUGGGAUACGUCGAAGAACGUCGUCACUGGCAAUGCCGUUCAGCCGUCUGGAAGCUCGCCAAGCCAGGGUGUAUGGGCUGCUCAGGCUGCCAAAAACGUACCUAAUCAACCGACCAAUACCAACCCUAAUCAAGACAUAAUGGCUGCCAACCCCUUGAACUUACCUCAAGGUGGGAACGGUGGCGGAGGAGGAGCUGUGGGCGGCUCUGGUCCAGCCACUCCUAGUUCUGGCAAACCCGAUCCACUGGCAAAUUAUCGAGACGUCAUUUACAGUCAGGACGGGUGGGGAGGCAACCAGGUGAAUCAAGAUACGCAAUGGGACGUCCCGACGUCACCAGAGCCAAAAGAAAUCCCCCUGUGGAAACAGACGGCUAGCAAUGGAACAGAAGUCUGGGAAGUCAAUCUGCGCAACGGCGGUCAAGCCCCACCGCCCAUCACUCAGACAAAGACACCGUGGGGCAGUCACACUCCUGCCACCAAUCUCGGAGGAACUUGGGGUGAAGACGACGAAUCAUCGGAACCGUCAAGCAUGUGGACGGGUGUUCCGGCAAAUAACGGCCCUACUAAUUGGGGCGCUAAUCCAAUGGGAGGUGCUCUGAACGCCGGGCCAAUGGGCCCAACAUCGGUCCCAACCGGUGCUUCUGCCAUGGGAACCGGAAUCGCAUCGAGCAACGGCAUGUGGGGCGGACAGCAGCAGAAGAAAGAACCCGAAUGGGCCGGGGCUAGCUCUAUGCAAGCUGGACCUGGAGGAUGGGGAGAAGUGCGUCCUCCCCAGCGCAUGGCCAUGACCGGCAUCGGACCAGCUGUUCCUGAGAAUAUGGGCAUGGCACCGGCCGCACCAUCGCACUGGCCCGGACCGCAGAACAAGCCUGCGCCACAAUGGAGUGGAAACGUGCCCGCUAAGGAGAUGAAACCAACUGGCUGGGAUGAGCACUCGCCCCCUGCUCAGAAACGACAAGUACCCUACGACGAUGGCACAGCCGUCUGGGGCAACCCUUCACAAAUUCAACAACCUGGAAACGUCGUCUGCCGCUGGAAGGAUAUGCCCAAUCCCAACGUGGCCGGCCAGCGAGGAAUGCAGCAAUCGGGCCCGCCACCCAACCGAAUGCCUCCUGGACCUGGAAUGAAAACGGAUAUGUCCUGGGGACAAACUCGGAAUGGCUCUUGGGGAGACGGGGGAGUCGGCGACAGUAACCAGAUGAAUAACAUGUGGAUGGAUGACAAACCGGUAGGCAGUGGUGGAGGUGGUGGCUCAUGGAACGAGCCUCCCCAAACACCCACUCCAUGGGCAUCUGGUCCAAAACCCAAAACACCUACGACUCCAAGUUGGGGUGAGACUGAAGACAACUUGUCGUGGGGCCAGCCUCAUAAGCAGAUUCCUAAGCCGUUAGCCAAGGAAAUGAUUUGGAGCAGUAAACAGUUCCGCAUUUUAUCCGAAAUGGGUUUCAAGAAGGACGACGUGGAAAAUGUCCUUCGCAAUUGCAACAUGGUUAUGGAAGAUGCAUUGGAAACGUUGCGCUCUGGCCGUGGUAUGUUUGGUGAUGACCAUGGGUCAGGGGGCUAUGACCCAAUGGGGCCGCACGGAGGGGCGCCUUAUCCUCCGAGCGCCCGGUUCAAUCCCGGUCAACAGAUGCCUUUCGUUCACCCUGGUAAUAGCGGUGCACCGCAUCACUUAUUAAGCAAUCCUGCCCCUAGCAUGGGGAUGAACCCGAACCCUGCAUACAAAAUUCUUCAGCCUCAGCAACCGCCACCUAUGCCGCCUCAGGUCAAUCAAUCACAAAUGGCCCGUAAUAUGUCUCGAGUGGACGCGGGCGUGACAACUGGUGCAGGAGCCGGUAGCCAGCCAUCGCCGACUCAAUUACGAAUUCUCGUCCAGCAGAUCCAGAUGGCUGUCCAGGCGGGCCACUUGAAUCCGCAAAUCCUCAACCAGCCUCUGGCUCCUCAGACGCUCGUGUUACUCAAUCAGCUGCUACAGCAGAUUAAAGUACUACAGCAGCUAGGUCAGCAGCACAACAUGGCUCUUAGUCGGCCUGGACAGGGACCCAUGGGUGGUCCGAUGUUGCAGCUAGUACCUCAAAUGAACAAAACGAAGCAGCAGAUCGCCAGCUUGCAGCAGCAGAUCGCCGCCCAGCAAGCUCUGUACGUCAAGCAACAGGGUCAGAUGAUGAAUCAACAGCCACCUGGAGCUCCGCCGAGCCAGCCGUCCGACCUCUUCAAGGUGGACUCGGUCCACGGCAUUCAAUCCAACUUGGACAGGAUGAGUCUACAGGAUUCCGGACAAUCGCGGCUCUCUCAAUGGAAGUACCCGCCACUCGACAAGGAUCUUUCCGAUCUCGGACUGCCCGAAUUCAGCCGAGCUCCAGGCAGCAGUGGUGGUACGCCCGGUUCUAUUCCCAGCAAUGCGAAACCGCCUCUGAGCAGUAGUCUUUCUUCUCCCAAUAUGAAUCCAGUUCUCGGCCAAGACGGCGGUGCUUGGUCCACGAUUUCGCGCUCUCAAUCCGAGACUGGUUGGCCCGACACGAACCACGAUUUGUCUACUCCUGGAUCUGUCGGAGGCAACGAUGCAAAGGAUAGCUGGAGCAAUGCCACUGGAUCCUCCUCUUAUUCGGGCUCCAUAUCGGACCUCGUUCCCGAAUUUGAGCCGGGUAAACCUUGGAAAGGACCACAGAUCAAAACGGCAGAUGACGAUCCAACUCUCACUCCUGGAACUUUUGCCAUGUCUGGCCUGAACGAGGCAGACGUUUACUCAAACAACGCAUCAAAGGGAGGCCAGAGCUCAACUAAAGCUUCACCUCCUCCUGCGGGCGCUGGCGGAACAAGCGCUUCUGGUGAAUCGGGCUUCCCGACACUGGGUCUCUCUAAUUCCACCUGGUCUUUCAAUCCGUCUUCAGCGUCGUCGAGUUCCGUACCGUCCACGUCGACUCCUUACAGCUCUGCCAAGAUUGGACCCAAAUCGACUUGGUCCGAUGCCCCGCCGCCAUCUGCUGAUCCGUGGAGCGCACCUAACAAGCCCCGUGGCCCUCCGCCAGGCAUUACCACUGCAGCAGGCACUGGUCCAAAGACGGCCGGGCGCGAUUGGAGUGCAGGCGGCAGCCGCUCACCGUGGCCAGGAUCUAACGCUACUGGGGCUGGAGGCACCUGGGCCGGUUCUCUCAAUGGUUCUUCUUCGUGGCUCGUACUACGUAACUUGACUCCCCAAAUUGACGGCUCGACGCUCAAAACAUUGUGCGUCCAGCACGGUCCACUUCACAACUUCCAUCUCUACCUCAACCAUGGAGUUGCUUUGAUUCGAUAUUCGACCGGCGAAGAAGCUGCCAAGGCCCAAAGUGCUUUGAACAAUUGUGUGCUCGGCAACACGACCAUUUAUGCAGAUCUAGCCAACGAAUCUGAUGUCCAGGGCUGGCUGCAGCAACUUGGCAUGCCUGCCCAACAGCAACAACAACAACAGCAGCAGCAGCAGCAGGUUGCCGCCUCCAGUGGAUGGGGCAUCCGGGGAUCUACUCCCGGCUCUGGCUCUAAUAGCGGAAGCGGUAACGGAGGUGGAGUCGGAAGCAAUGCCGCCAAGGGAAGUGCCAAUGCCGGAGACAAUUGGGGAGCUGGCGCCGGUGGUGGUCCCAGUUCCAGCCCAUGGUCAACGGGUCCCAAUUCAGUCUGGUCUACUCCGGCCUUGGAUGGUGGUUUGAGAACCACGCCGUCGUCGCUGAACGCAUCGCUCAACUCGUUCCUGCCCGGUGAUCUGCUGGGCAACGAGUCCAUGUAAAAACAGCGAAGACUACCACUCAACACGACUCAAAAAAAAAAAAAGAAAGGGAAAACAAAAACUGAAUCGACAAAUUACGUGUCAAUAUGAGAAUAGAGAGAGAAGAGAAAUACCAAGGUAAUGUUCAAUUCGUCAAAAUAUUUUCACAGCUGAGAGCAAUCAACCAACUAAUUUGUAUGCCGGACGUAAUAUAGUGUUAUUCCACCCUCCCGCUCCCCUCGUAUUCACGGUGACGGAAAAAAGUUGUCACUCAUUCAAAUUUAUAUUACUCUUAUAUUAUGGCCUAAUGCCGCUGCUGUUGCUGCUGCACUGAUGCGUAGUGUGAACCGUCCUCUCCAUCUUCCCCCAAAACACCAAUGAGGCCAUUAAGCAUUUACAAAGAAGCAAAGUAGUAGUAUAUUCAAAUAUUCUUAUGUUUCUUUUUUUCACCUGACUCCCCUCCAUUUUUUUUUUUGCAUCCCGUGUUAUGAUCGCUUGCGCCACACACACACACACACACACUACUCCAUUCAGUUUAGUCGAAGUUCGUUUUCCUAUGUAAGACUUUGGUUGUUUGUUUUUUCUUGGUCAGAAUAAGUCCUCGUGUUGUGUCUCGUAAUAUUUUGUUUUGUGUGUGUGUGUGUGUGUGUGGGAGUGGUUAUCUUAUCUGUUUUUGCGUGCCAGUUAUCUCUUCUUUCCCUCUGUCGCUCUUUUGCCACUACCGAGGUGUUCUCGCUCCACUUCCAAGUCCCCACUUUUCAAAAGCUUAAAAAAAAAAGGAAGUAACCAGAGUCUCGCCAGAGGCCGUCAUGGAACAAUCAUACCAGAAACAAAAAUUACCCGAAAAAAAAGAGAAAAAGGGAAGAUGACGGAUGCAUUUUUUUUUCUUUUUCAAAGUGCUCUCUUCUUCCUCUGCAAUUUGUUUGUUCUCUCCUCUACAUCCACCUCAAGAACUAUAUUAAUUCUAGUGUCACCCAUGCCCUCUCCCCAGCAAUUUUAAAAUUUUUAUUUUUCUUUAUUUUCAUUCCCGUUUUUUCCCCCCUCUUCUCGUGACUCAAUCAUCAGCCGAAAAGCUAGAAUAAUUCCCUCACGGAAAUAGCGAAACGAGAAUACCUGUGCGAGUUUUCUAGUGGGAGAUUUAUCUGUGUUGAGUGUUGCAAUUUGAAAUGGUUAGAAAAGCCGCGUGGAUACCAAGUCGGGACAUUUCUCUCCCCCAGCCCCAACGCCCCUCCCCCCAAAAUCCUUUGCUGUUCUGUGUUAGACUGUGAUCUCAAAAAGUCGUGACCACUCGAGGCUUUACAUCCAUGGAGAAUUUCACUGCUCCUUCCUCCCUCCCUAUCUUUAGCAAUGAAGAGAGUAAAAAGACAAUUAAUAGGAAUAAUGAACGCUCUCGUUUGAUAUUUCGGGUCGCCCAUGAUCCGAACCCAUUUCAAAAUCUGGUGACUUAAUCCCCUCCUAUAUUUCUAUCAUUUAUUUUUUUUUUAAAUCUUUUUCUUGCUUCUGUCAACGGGCCAACUUAAGUCUAGUGGUCACAAACUUUACUUUUGCGGGCUUGAGUGCUGCCGUUAUCAUCCUACCCCGCUCGAGCGUCAAUGAGAGGUGCUAAACUCCCUCCGUUCCUUUAUCCCCCCCCCCCUGUCCAAGUUUUGCAUCUAGCUCCUUCAGCCCUCCCCCCUCUCCGCAUUUCUCCUACGUCUAAAACAUUGAUAGCUUUCUCGAGCAUAAGAAAGAAAGUUGUGUACGUUUCUUGAUUUCUUAAGAAAAAAUUCUCUCGCCAUCAUUUGACCUGAUCGUCGACAGUCGUACAUUUUUUUUUUGUUGUUGUUAACUUGCCUUGCUAAUUUUGUUUGUGGAAGCUUAAAGAGAAAAAAAAAACCAUUACGAAAAGAUGUGCUUCUUUCUUCCAGCCCAUUUGUUUGUCCUGAGAGAAGCACAUUCACACAAUAACUGUGAAAAGAAACAUCACAACACAGUCGUAUCAAGUCUUGUCAUAUAGUACGCCGCGACCUCAGCACCAGUGGCUCACCCCUCCCUUAUUUUCCCCUUCUGAAUUCCUUUCCGCUCUUAUGCAAAUGUGUCGUGUUUCUAUUUCCGUACGACCCAAGUGAGUACGCGCCUCUGCAUUCUCCAAGCCUCCCCGUUUUUGUUUAUUUUGUUUUUCAAAUGACUUGGUCGUCGGUCAGUAUUGUUCGGAUUCAUUCAAGUGCCACAGUUUCGUACGAUAUGGGAUGUGUUAGUUUUUGCAGGAUAGGAGAAACAACAAAACGUUUCAGUUUCAACGGGAAAAUGGGGGAGACGGGGGAGGGUAUUAGUCGGUUCUAAUGCUUUACUACUUGAUAAUUACCGCAUAUUGUAAACGCGUAUCUUCUUACACUUUAGAAAUGACGAAAUGCGAUCUUCGUCUUGUGUCUUGACAGGUGUUUUUGAAUGUAGAGUUUUUUUUUUGUCUUUCGUUUCUUCCUUUGAUUCUCUCCCCACCUUAUCCUACCCGCCACAUGUUUUGUCCUAUGUGUUCCGGAGGAAAAUGUGCAAUGCCCUGCAAUGACCUUGCACUGUGCGGAACAGCAAAUGAAGUUACAUAUUGUUUUUCUUUUUUUUUCCUUUGAGUGUGCGAUCAUAGGCCAUUUGUCAUUCGUUUUCUCUUAUUCUCUCCCCCCCCCCCCGUCCCUCCUGUUUCCUUUUUGUGAGCGAUGCAUUCAGGCAAUUGUCAUGUCGUUACUUCGUUCAAAAGACUUCUUUUUUUUUGUGUUUCUAUUAGCCAUAUCACUCACUUGCAAUGAGGGCAGAAGGAUGAGGAUAUGGGGUGGGCUGGUUGUGUUUUCAAUGUCUUACAUUUGAGGGCAGGUUUCUUGUAUUGUUUUUGAAAGUGUUGGAGGGAAAGGAGAUGCAUGGUAUCCUUCCCAGUCUCUCAUGCGCUACAUUUUGGCAGUCAGUCGCCUGGGCGAAGAAUUUGAAUAAGUAAAAUGGGAAAAAGUAACGUAGCUUGUUUCUUUUGUGUGACCAAAAUGCGCUUCUUCGUUUUUCUUUUGUCGCCCUCGAUAAAAAGAGGAAAAAUUCUAAAAAUGCCGUGUUUGUCGUCUUUUUUUUUUUACACUUCCUUGUGCGUGUGUGCGUGCGUGUGGCCUCGUGGCCAUUUUUUGUCAGUUGCGUCCUGAAAAUCCAUUAUCUGUUGUGUGCGUAGUAGCAAAGCAAAAUGAAAAAAAAAAAGAAAAAAAAAAGGAAAGUUCCGAGGAUUCUUCCCUUCCCCCUCCCCACCAGAUCAGUUUGUCAUUCACACACCCUCCCCUCAAGAAAUUGGAGUUUUAAAAAAAAGGUGAUAAUUCGUCCAGUGAAGAAAAAAGCCUUCCCUCUCAUCCCUGGUGUUUGCUAUUAUUAUACAUAAUUUUUUUUUUUUGUAUUAUUUUCGUGGUUAAUUUCUUUUCUUUCGGGACUCGCCUGCUAUAUAUAACCGCAUCAGAUUUUGACAAGUCACCUGAUAAUUCCAGUAGUAAUUCUUGUAUGGCUCCUAUUCGCCUCUAUUAAAUCUCCCAUGUUUUUUUUUUGCGUGCCGUUCAGAUUUUUGUACAUUUUUUUUUUUUUUUUUUUUGGUUUCUUUAUUCAUUUUUUUUAUGGCAUCCUUUAGGAGAGCAAACUCCUUGAAAUCGGGUGAAUGGGGGAGUCUGUCCAAUCGAUUCUCGUGCUUGAUUUUUAAAAAUAAAUAUUCAAAGUGUCUAAUAGCUGAAGAAGAAAAAAAAAGAAACAUUUCCACGAAUCGAUACGCCGCUUCUCCCGCGCCCUUACUUUCAAAAUUAAACAAAAAAAAAACAGUAAGACUUAGCAGAUUGCACGCACACGGGUUCGUCAGUUCCGAAACAAAAAUUAGCAUUGAACGCGUCAGACAAACAUUGUGUAGCCAAAAAGUGCCUUCCUCGACUCAUUCAGACGGUCUCAAAAAUUCUAUCGUUCCCAUCUCGCCUGCCUCCACCCGCUCUCCAAAAAAAGAGACUUUGGAUGAUGAGAAGAAAAACAACCAACAACAAAAAAAUCAUCUUUCAUCGCAAAACAAAAGCAACCACGUAUUGCCUGGCUUAUAUCAGUCAACUGUAGCUAUUCAAGAUCUUCGACAGCGAAAAAAGAAAGU